UUAGUUGCAUGGUACAAGAAUGCUGUAAAGAUAAAUUUGCUGUUCAAAGUCCAUGAAAUUGAGAAACUGAAUUUAGUGUGCCUGUACAACACGGCACUGUUAAGAUAUUUGGAUCUUUUACUUCAAUCAUGAACUUCUCUGGGCUGUUUUCCCUUUGCUUAACAUUAUUGAUCACCCACUGUAAUACUUUAGCGAUCAGAGAUACUCCUUUUGAGAAUGUUUAUGAUGUAGAUCCUGGGGAUUUUCGAGAUGACAUUCCAAAAAUAAAUUUAGAAUCCCCAAGGUUUCUGUUUCAAGGCGACAUUGUACAGAGUCUGGAACGGAAUGCUCUUAAAGAUCCAACAUCGAGAUGGAAAUUCCCUAUUCCGUACAUUCUGGCUGACAACCUUGAUCUAAAUGCCAAGGGUGAAAUCUUAAACUCAUUUGAGCAGUAUCGCUUGAAAUCCUGUGUUGAUUUCAAACCCUAUGAUGGCGAGGAAACAUACAUAAUUUUUCAAAAAUUAGAUGGGUGCUGGUCUUCUGUUGGUGACUUGCACAGUGGCCAAACUGUAUCCAUUGGUGAACGCUGUGACUAUAAAGCUAUUGUUGAGCACGAACUCCUACAUGCAUUAGGAUUCUACCAUGAACAAUCAAGGACAGACCGGGAUGACUAUGUUAACAUUUGGUGGGAUGAAAUUAUUCCAGGUAUGGAGCAUAACUUUGUGGUAUAUGACGAUAAUUAUAUUACGGACCUGAAUACUCCAUAUGAUUAUGAAUCUUUGAUGCAUUAUGCGCCAUUCUCUUUCAACAUAAACGAUAGUUUUCCUACUAUCACAGCAAAAAUACCAGCAUUUGAUGAAAUAAUUGGACAGCGAUUGGACUUCAGUGCCAUUGAUUUGCUAAGGCUCAAUCGCAUGUAUAACUGCAGUUCCACUCUCACAUUGUUGGACCAAUGUUCCUUUGAGUUCAUUAAUAUCUGUGGCAUGAUUCAGGGUGAAAAUGAAGAUGUUGACUGGAUUCAUAUGAAGAGCAAUCCUGGGAAUGAGGAUCAUACUGUAAAUGGCAAAUGCAGAGAUUCUGGAUACUUCAUGUACUUUGACGUGCAAAGUGGCAAGAUUGGUCAAACCGCUCUUCUGGAAUCCCGAAUCCUUUAUCCCAAAAGGACUGAGCAGUGCCUUCAGUUCUUCUAUAAAAUGACAGGAAGUCUGAAGGAUAAACUUGUCAUAUGGAUGAAAAUAGAUGAUGGAACUGGAACUGUUCGAAAACUAGUUAAAAUUAAGACCUUUCAAGCUGAUGGCAGCCAUGCCUGGAACAUUGCCCAUGUGACUCUUCAUGCAAAGGUCAAGUUCCGAUAUCUCUUUCAAGGUAUAAUUGGUGAUACCACCAAUUCUGCAGGUGGUAUUUUCCUGGAUGACAUCACUCUUACUGAGACCCGUUGCCCUCAAGCUGUCUGGCACAUAAAGAACUUCUCUGCCAUUCUUCAAAACACGGGAGUUAAUGAUACUUUAAAAAGCCCACGGUUUUACAACACAGAGGGUUACGGCUAUGGCCUCAUUUUACAUCCUCACUCACGUUAUGAAAACUACAUGGGGUUGUUUUUCCAACUGUGCAGUGGUGAAAAUGAUGGCAUCCUCGAGUGGCCAGCUGGGAACAGGCAAGCCAUGGUCACAGUCAUGGACCAAGAUCCUGAUGUAAAACUUAGAAUGUCAUCCAGUAGAAGCUUCACCACAAACGGAAGCCAAGUAAUAACAGACAGAAAUGACACCUUCUUCUGGGACAGGCCUACGCUCACUGGAACCUAUGAUUCUAUUUGUGAUUGCUACCGGAGCAUUACCUGGGGUUGGUCAGCUUUCAUAUCACACAAGCAGCUUCAGCGUCGAAACUUCUUAAAAAAUGACGACCUCAUUAUUUUUGUUGAGUUUAACGAUCUGACUCCACUCAUUAAUUCCGAAGUUCCAAUUCAUCCUCCAAGUUCCCCUGAAAGGCAUCGGCGGGCAGUGGAUUAUGCUGAAUAUGUCCAAGAGCCUCAGAACCCCCUGCAAGAUUUGUGUCACCCUGAAUAUUGUCUAAAUGGUGGAGUGUGCAUUAUGACAAAAGGGAAAGCAAGUUGCAGGUGUGGCUCGACUCAAACACGCUUAUAUUUUGGUGAGCGCUGUGAAAAAAUGCAAAUUCAUGGUUCUCUCUUUGGGAUAAUGAUUGGAGGCACUGCUGGUGUGAUAGCUCUGGCCGUUGCUGUAAUUAGCAUGAUUGCAAAAACACGCAUUAAUGGGAAACAUCCGAUCGGAAGUCUGUUUGACUCAUAAGUCACAAAACUCUGGGACGUUUUUAUAUUGUGUAUGAGCUGCCUUCAGAAACAUAGAUUUGCAUGUCUACAAUGAUUCCGUAAAGAUUGAAUUGUGUUUAUGCUUAAUCACAUCCAACAUGACUACCUUUUCCACUGGAAAUGAUUACCAUAUAUAUCCAUAUACAGAAUGACCAGGCUGAACCUGCUAUUUUUCCAGACAGAGCUAGUCUCCAUCGAUCUCUUGUGCAAAUAACUACUGUAUUCUUUGCAGCACGUACUUGAAUAUUUGUGCCUUUUUAAUUAAAACUCCAGUUUCCAUACCA